AUGACAACAGAAGAUACAUCAUCGAAUGACAUACAACGUAAUAUGACUAAAGAGAGACGUAAAGAAUGGCGGAAAAAUAUGUCCGAUCGAACAUUUUCCCUCGAAGAUCCACCUAAUGCUGAUGAAUUAAAUAUUUCUUCGUCAAGUAUUCGACACGAUCAAUCAUCACUUGAAUGUCGCCUUGAACAUAUUCCAUUUUAUUCAUGGAUUGAAUCAAAUUUAAGUUUAUUGCGUAUGAAUCUUGUACGACGUGGUUUAAAUGAACAAGAUAUUAAUGAUAAAGAACAAACAAUAAUUAAUCAUUUAAAAACAUGUUUACAAGAUUUAAAUGAAUCGGAAAGUAAAGAAAAUAAUUUACUUCAAGCACGUAUACGAUCAAUAUUAGAAGAAUGUACACAUUUAAAUCGACUUCUUAAAUUAGAUUAUAGUAUUGAAAAAAUAGAAAAUGAUGAUUUAUCUUUAUUUGAACAAUUAAAUCGAGCGAAUGAUUUACUCGAGAAAAUUAAUCAAGUUUUAAAAAAGAAAUUAGAAGAAAUUAAUCAAUUAGUAUUAGUUGAAGAAAAAUUAUGUAACAAACUUGAUGAAAAAAUGAUUAAUUUAGAUACUGAAGUUAAUGAUAUGCCUUAUGCUGAUCGACAAGAUAUUCUUGAAAAACAUAUUAAUGAUCUACAAAAUUUGCAAAAUGAACGUUCAUCAGCUAUUGAACAAGCACGUAAUCAAAUACAUGAAAUGAAAAUAGAACUUGACCUUGAUAAUACAUAUAAUCAACCGGUCGAUGAUAGUCAAGUACUCAAUCUUAUUGAUGGACCUGUACAUCUAAUUGAAUUAUCAAAAACAAAUGUUCAACGUUUAUUAAAUAUUUCUAAUGAGCUUCACAAUUUAUAUCAAGCAAAUCGAAUGAAGGCUGAACAUCUUGUUAAUACACUUCAUGCACUCUAUGAACGAUUAAAUUUAAUCGAUUCAGACAGACAUAUUAAGUUACCACUUGAUAAGCCUCAUCGACCAGCAAAUCUUAUUCUAUUAGAAAAAGAAAUUGAUCGAUGUAAAGAAUUACGACGACAAAACAUGCGAACAUAUAUUGAAAAUAUUCGAGAUGAAAUAUUUGCUCAAUAUGAAAAAUGUUUUUAUGGUCGUGAACAAAUGGAAAGUUUUCUUCCACUAUAUUCUAAUGAAUUUACAGAAGAAUUAUUAGAUGAACAUGAAAAGGAAUUGGAAGAAAUAAAUGCAUAUUAUAUUCAUAAUGAACAAUUAUUUGUUAAUCUUGCUAGUUGGCAUGAAGUUUGGGCUGAAUAUCGAGAAUUUCAACGUCAAGCAAGUGAUCCUGAACGAUUUAAACGUCGAGGUUAUUCAGCUGUACAAGAAGAAAAACAACGUAAACAUUUAGAAUUUACAUUAAAAAAAGUUCAAGAUACUGUCUUACAACUCAGUAAAGAAUAUGAACAAGAAUUUGGACAUCAAUUUUUAGUUGAAGGUGUUGCUGUACAAGAUUUUUUCAAUACUGAAAAAGAAAAUUAUUCUCAAGAAAAAGAAAUUGAAAAAGCACGCAAACAACUAGCACGUGGUCAAACUCCAACAUCGACUCAUUCACAAGCGAAUAUCAAACGAUUAGAAAUGAGUACAAAAACUCCUGGACGACAACAAACUAAUAUUGGCAAAGAAACUGAAAUUAAACCAGGAACACCAUUUCGACCACCUAAUGCUGUUCAUAAAAACAUUAAAUAA